AUGGAACCAAAAUGGUUGUUGUUGAGUGUGUUGCUGUUGUUGUUAGAAGGAUGCAGAUGGUAUAGUACUGAUGCCUGUUGGGAGGAAGAGAGGAUUGCUCUCUUGCAACUCAAACCUUUCUUCAAUCCUCACAACGAUCUGAACAGUUGGGUUGAUGAGAUCAAGGGUUCAGAUUGCUGUCAAUGGGAUAGGGUCGAGUGCAACACCUCCUCCUCCUUCUCCUCCAAGCGAGUCAUAGGACUCUCUCUUAAUAAUACAAGAUGGCUCGGCAACGAAAGACGGUAUCUUAAUGCCUCCUUGUUUCUUCCUUUCAAGGAACUGAAGCAUCUUUAUUUGACAGGGAAUAACAUCGCUGGUUUUGUUGAAAAUGAAGGUUUUGCAAAGCUAAAUUUGGAGAUCCUUGAUUUAAGUUACAAUUACCUCAAUGAUACAAUUUUAUUAUCUUUGAGUCAGCUUUCAUCUCUCAAGGAUUUAUAUCUAGCAGGAAACUUGUUCACAGGAUCAACUUAUGCAAACGGAUUGAAUAAUUUGACAAAUUUGAAGAACUUGGAUUUAAGCAGCAAUAGAAUUGAAAGCUUUCAACCAUCCAAGCAAGGAAAGGAGAUGCAACUAAGGAUGACCAAUUUGGAGGUUCUUGAUUUAAGUAGUAAUCUCUUCAAGAACGACACUUUUGCAUUCCUUUCUGGCCUUUCAAGUCUAAAGUCCCUGAAUAUGGGGGACAACCAAUUGCAAGGCUCAAUAGAUAUUGAAGGAUUGAAUAAUUUGACAAAUUUGAAGAACUUGGAUUUAAGCAGCAAUAGAAUUGAAAGAUUUCAACCAUCAAAGCAAGGAAAGGAGAUGCAACUAAGGAUGACCAAUUUGGAGGUUCUUGAUUUAAGUAGUAAUCUCUUCAAGAACGACACUUUUGCAUUCCUUUCUGGCCUUCCAAGUCUAAAGUCCCUGAAUAUGGGGGACAACCAAUUGCAAGGCUCAAUAGAUAUUGAAGGAUUGAAUAAUUUGACAAAUUUGAAGAACUUGGAUUUAAGGAGCAAUAGAAUUGAAAGCUUUCAACCAUCAAAGCAAGGAAAGGAGAUACAACUAAGGAUGAUCAAUUUGGAGGUUCUUGAUUUAACUAAUAAUCUCUUCAAGAACGGCACUUUUGCAUUCCUUUCUGGCCUUCCAAGUCUAAAGUCCCUGAAUAUGGGGGACAACCAAUUGCAAGGCUCAAUAGAUAUUGAAGGAUUGAAUAAUUUGACAAAUUUGAAGAACUUGGAUUUAAGCAGCAAUAGAAUUGAAAGCUUUCAACCAUCAAAGCAAGGAAAGGAGAUACAACUAAGGAUGAUCAAUUUGGAGGUUCUUGAUUUAACUAAUAAUCUCUUCAAGAAUGGCACUUUUGCAUUCCUUUCUGGCCUUCCGAGUCUAAAGUCCCUGUAUAUGGGGGACAACCAAUUGCAAGGCUCAAUAGAUAUUGAAGAUAGUGGGAGACAGCUGAACUUAACCCAUUUAGAAGAAUUUGAUUUGAGUGGUAAUCUCAUUAAGGACAGCAUAUUUGCAUUACUUAGCGGGCUUUCAAAUUUGAAGUAUUUGGAUAUAAGCUCCAAUCAGUUAAAUGGAUCAAUAGAUAUGAAAGACUUGGGUGCUUUUAUCAACUUAGAGGAACUGGAUAUGAGCUCUAAUGAUCUGAAUGAAUUUGUGGCCUGUAAAGUUAAGACCUUUUAUCUACGAGAGAAUUACCUAAACAAGACUAUGGCUGCUCAGGAUCAAGAAUUGCAUGUAUGGAACAAUGUGGAGGAAAUAUUUCUAGACCUUUCCUAUCUCGACAACAACAUUUUGCAAAGCAUUGGAGUAUUCUCUUCUCUUAAAACUUUGUCUUUAUUUAGCUGUGGACUUAUGGGUUCCUUACCUAAUCAAGGUUGGUGUGAUCUAAGGAACCUUGAAAAGUUGGAUAUCCAUUGGAAUGCACUUGAAGGGAUACUUCCUUAUUGUUUGGGUAACUUGACAUCUCUCCGUGAGUUAGACAUCUCUUACAAUCAAUUUACUGGAAAUUUGACUCCUUUAGCAAAUCUUUCAUCACUUAGAUAUGUCUCCGUUUCAAGAAAUCAUUUUCAAAUUUCAAUGCCAUUCUUGUCACAAGCAAACCUUCCAAAUCUCAAGGUUCUUUUGGGUGAUGAAAACAAUAUGGUAACGGAACCUAUUUCCUUUCAUACUUCAAUUCCGAAGUUCCAACUAAAUUUCAUCAGCUUGUCAAAGUGUACAACAUAUAAAGGACUUAGCCUACAACCUCCUAAGUUCCUUUAUUACCAAUAUGACUUGAGACAUGUUGAUCUUUCCUAUAACAAUUUCAGUGGAAUAGUGCCAUUUUGGUUGGUAGAAAACAACACAAAAUUAGAAGAUCUCCUCUUGUUGGGUAAUUCUUUCACUGGUCCUCUCUUGUUACCACAGCUUCUUCAUCCUAAUGUGUCCUCAAUUGACAUAUCUAAUAACAAAUUACAAGGUCAAAUUCCAACAAAUAUAUGUUCAAUUUUUCCACAUUUGGAAUUGUUAAUCUUAUUCAAGAAUGCCAUUGAAGGUAAUAUCCCUCCUUGUUUGAGUGGCAUGAACACUUUAUCAAUUUUAGACCUAUCGAACAAUCAUUUAUCGGGAAGAAUAUCAGAAGAGUUGAUCAUGAGAAGUUCAUUACUUACUCUUAGGCUAUCAAAUAACAACCUAAGUGGAAAUAUUGUUCCUGUGAUGUUCAACACAAGCAAGUUGUCAAAGUUGUAUUUGGAUGGCAAUAAUUUUGCUAGAGAGAUACCUGAUAUUGAUAUCUCUGCUACUGAUUUUUCACAUUCAUCACUAGAGGAUAUUGAUCUAAGUAAUAACAGUUUUAAUGGAAAGCUCCCAAGAUGGAAAGGGAAUGUAUCGCAUUUGAAGAGAUUGGCUUUGUCCAACAAUCAUUUCGAAGGUUCUAUUCCAAUGGAAUUGUGCAACUUGUAUCAGCUUGAAUUUUUGGAGCUUUCUCAAAACAAUUUAUCUGGCUCUAUUCCUUCUUGUUUCAAUCCACCAUAUUUGAGACAUGUCCACGUGAAGAGAAAUAGACUAAGCGGUCCAUUGACAUUUGCUUUUAAUAGCUCUUCAUUAGUGACAUUAGAUCUUAGAGGGAAUAAUUUGACCGGUAAUAUUCCAAAAUGGAUUGGCACAUUUUCUGCUUUAAGCGUCCUUCUUUUGAAAGAUAAUCAUCUAGACGGUGGAAUUCCAGUUCAAUUAUGCAAGUUGUAUUCAUUGAGCAUCAUAGAUAUUUCUGGAAAUAUGUUUUCUGGUCCUAUACCUUCUUGUUUGGGUAAUUUAACUCUGGCAAUGAAUGAGAAGAAGUAUUCCGUAGAAGAUCUACCAAUAGACGUUUUGAUGCAAUUUUCACGUGGUUAUCCUAUUAGCUACAUGGAAGAAUGGAUAGAGUUUACAACAAAGAGUGCGUCCUAUUCAUACGGUGGUGAGAUUCUUGAGUACAUGUCUGGGAUUGAUUUAUCUUGUAACAGGUUAACUGGGCAAAUCCCACUAGAACUGGGAAACUUGAGUGAAAUCCGUUCGUUAAACUUAUCACACAAUAACUUGGUCGGAGUUAUAUCUUCUUCAUUUUCACAACUUAAGCAAAUCGAGAGUUUGGACCUUUCUUACAACAACUUGAGUGGUAGAAUCCCUAUACAGUUGGUUGAGUUGUACUCCCUGGAGGUUUUUAGUGUGGCACACAACAACUUGUCAGGUAGUACUCCAGAACCAGAAGCUCAGUUUGGGACCUUCGAUGAAAGUAGUUACGAGGGAAAUCCUCUUCUCUGUGGGCCUCCAUUGCAAAAUAGCUGCUCUAAAACUGAGUCACCACCAAGAGUACCAUCUACAACAGAUGAUGAAGGAGAAGGACGAGCUGUGGAUUUGGUUACUCAUAUUGCUUAG